AUGGCGCAUGAAUUUCAUAUUUCAUCGAAUGACUCUGUUCCUGAAGAGAUGCCCGCCGAGAGUUUUUACUCGGACAGUCUUCCAGUUCAUGCAAUUCUACAGUUAGUCAUCUUCACAAUUAUAUUCAUGGUUGGAUUCUUCGGUAAUUCCAUUGUGAUAUACGGAGUUCUUCAACAGGGUUCAUCUAAGACAACAAGCAGUUGUUUUAUUGCGAACUUGGCCCUGAGCGACCUGGCUGUGCUGGUUCUAAGUUUACCCGUCGGUCUGUUGCAAGAACUUGCAUCUUGGCCGUUUGGCGAACUUGCUUGUAAGAUUUUCUUUCCAUUUGGCGAUGUGUUUUUGACCGUUUCCAUCAUGACCUUGACAGCAAUCGCCUUGGAUCGCUACCGAGCAGUUGUUACGCCGUUCAAAGCGCGUUUCACGAAAACACAAGCAAAAAUCUGCAUUUUGUUCAUUUGGAUCUUUAGCUAUCUUGUCGUAGGAAUUCCCACGUCUUUCAUUCUUAAACUUGUCGAAAUAGAAAACGGCGUAAAAGUUUGUUUUCCUUUCUGGAGGAGUAACAUGGAACGGAUAAUUCACAAAGUGCUAACGGCGUGUCUGGCUACAUUUCCACUGUUUCUUAUCGGGUACUGUUAUAUCAGAGUUGUUUUGGCGUUGUGGAAAGUAAGAAUAAUACAUGAUAACCACAAUACGGCCAAGAACUCCAUCACAGUCAUGCGACUCGAGCAGAAGCGAAAACUCGUUAAAAUGUUAAUCGUUAUUGUGUUUGCCUUUAGCUUGUGUUUACUACCGUAUGUAACAUUUGCACUCGUUUUGGAGUUUACGGGAAUGGAGCGAACUUCCGAUGUGAACGUUGGCUUGGUAACAUGUCUUUCCCUUCUUUAUGCAAAUAGUGCUAUAAAUCCAUUAAUUUUAUGCACAAUGAGUAAAGAUUACAGGGUUGGACUGAGGCCCUGCGGAUGUUGAAGUUCUUCUUUUCCGCCAAUGAUUGAUAACGCUUUACUCUGCAAAUAACAUUUCAGAGAAAUGCCUUAUUUUACAAGACUCUUUUAAACGAAUUUACUUCUUUUGUAGUCUAAAUGAUUACCAUUUAGGCAUUCAAUAUGUGUCGCAAAGUGUUGUAAGUUAUUCCUUCACAUGUUAUAAGAUUGUGCAACAAGACAUCUCGAGUUGUAGAUCUUAAAGGUUUUGACGCUUUUUAUUUCGAUUGAUGUACAUAUUGUUUGAGGUGAAGUAACAAUUACAGUUUCGAUUAAAACGCUAAGAUGAGUGAUUUAUUUGUGUUGUUUGGUAACUACAAAUGAUACUUUUAGCGCUCUGUAAUGGGACACAAAAUAUUUAGCUAUGAUAUUUUAAGUGAUAUUUACCAUCGUCGAUUUAACAUAAACUUGUAACCUCGAGCCUGCGAUUAACAAUAAUGUCAUUCAGCAGCUCAACGACUUUUGUAGGAUGAUCCUCAAAUAGUGAAACUUUUAAUUCAAAUAUCUUUGGAAAGAAUUAUGGUCCUUUAAAUUUCUCUUGUGUUUGAAACAUUAGCAUGUUAAUCUAAUUAAGUUUCAUUAUUUUCAAACCAAUUCACGCUUUUAAAUAUCACAAAUUUAUUCAGCGAUUGCAAUUUAUUUCGAUUAUCCCCUUUCUGAUGGGACAACAUGUUACCAUACUUUCCAUUAGAGCCAUGGAAUUAAAACAUCCAACAAUUAUUCUUUAUCACCACAGUAAUUGGGAGCGCUUUAGGAGUAAAACAAUCGUUUAGAAAUCCUACCCAAAUUUCAUUGGUCAACAUUGAGUGCCUGACUUGAAGCUUCUUUUUAUCUGUCCCAGUAAACCGCUGUCAUUAGAUGUCAGAUCGUUUAGCCUGAUACAGAACUAACCUCACAAUCCUUCUUAAUUUCUCAAACCCUAAUCCAUCUCCAGUAAUCAUGCCAACAAUUCAUGGCUUAUUUUGCAUGUUUUAGCUCUAUUACCCAAAAACCCUGUAUUUUGUAGUGACAGUAAACCAGUUUUUUGAAGCCCUUGAUACAUAAUUUUUUCCCGUAAAAAUAUCGCGAAAAUUUACCUCAUAAACUUACAUCGUGAUAUAUAAGCGUGAGGUUGUAAUGGCGCAGCGUUUUAAUCAAAUUUUGGAUGUCGAACGCGCGAUACAGUUUUGAGAUAAUAAGUCGCCCUCCGGCUGACCUGAUUAACUUAGUCAAUAUUUGCAAAGGCGCAAACUAUGCUGGAUUGCAAUUUAUUGAAAUUAAAUUUCAACCAUGAUACUAACUGAAAAUACCUCUCACUAGUUUUCUUUUGAGUGGUGAUACAUUGGAACCUCAUCUUCAAAGUCAUUCAAUGUUGGAACUACUUUGUAUAGCAUAGUAAACACUUAAACAGAUGCUUUCAUCCAAUUACAAGCAACACUUGGAAAAUGAAAUAGAAGUUUAUGCUCCAUAGCACAAAUCUUACAUGUGACUCUCCUUCAAAAACGUGAUCUAGACUGAUAUUUUCCGGUUGAAAAUGUCACAAUCAAGUUUUUCGUAACGUUUGAUGAGUCCUUAUGGCGAUUCCAAUGGACCUGAUUAAAACUGGUCGAAAAGUGUUGCAAUCAAAGUCCAGUUCUCGCAGAAAUCAUUUCCACAAAUAGUUAUACUUUUAUCACCUCCGGCUGAUCAAGAUCUUUCAUGAUCUCGCUUUAAGCGCUAAUCAUUGUAAACGGUUUUUAACCAACUGUAUAAUAACUUGAGGAUGCAGAACCAUUCAAGUCCAGCAUAUGAUAAACAGUGCCACAUUAGCGUCGUACCCUUUCAAGAUCAAUGAUCACUUUCAAUUAAGUUGUCACGUUGUCUUCAUCCAAUUAGUACCGAUGUUAUUUAUGAAAUGCGGGUAUGUUUCGUUCCUCAGCGAGAAUGCGGCUGUCGGGGAAGUUAUCACACGAAAAGGGGAAAAUGAACCGACUUUCGUUGAAAAAGAUGGCUUAUCCCCAAGACAAAUAUUAAGUGAACAUCUAUUUAACCGUUUUAAAUGCAUCACGAAUCUGUUGCUCGUAGAGAUUUUGCUAUCAAAAAAAAUUUUUGUGAGGAAAUAGCUUUCUUUCCGGAUGUCCUUUAGACGCUAGAAAAUAUAAUUAUAGCAUAGUCUAUUAUAGAGUUCGUUAACAGCUUGAUUAUGAACUUGUUAAUUACUGCUGUCAGUGGCAGCUGCUGAGAAAUCUAGUACAAAAGUGUUACACCAAAAUAGGAGGUAGUCGGAAGAAAUGUUUUAUUUCAAAACCAGUUUCAGUGUUUCACUUAAGUAGGACUUUAAUCAUAAAAUGAUGUAAAAAAAACCUAUCUCAAAGUGUACCAAAAUUUAUGGAAUUUUAAGAUCGUUCAAGAAUGCGGUGAUCCUAAGGCUUAGAUUGUUGUCGGGUCAUGUGAUUAGAUCAAUGAAGAAAAACCAUUUAAGCUACGCAAACAAAAUUUUAUCUGUAAUCUUUGUUUCCUUUCUCAUAUAUCUCUUCCUGGGCAAAAAUAAUCUCUGACCUUUCACGCAAGCGAGAAAAGAAGGGAAGUCAGUUAAGCCAUGAAAAUUCCCUCUAGAGAAGAUUUCUCUUAAAAAGUGUUUACGACUCUUGCGACAAAUUUCUUUCGUUAAAACAGACUCAGGGAAGAUUUUUCAUCGAGGAAAACAACGAAGAGUGCAUUUACCAAAGAAACUGACUACUAGUUUAAUUUAGCCGCAUAUGUGAUAACAAUAAGAACCGUAAUCUUUCUCUUCUUAGUGCUUUCUAAAUUUUAGAGAAAACAUUUGAAAUGAAUAAGAUUGAGAAUAAAUUGAUCAUGGAUUGAAAGUUUGCAAAAAUAGAGAGUUGGGCCGUAAAAAUAGCAAAAAAAAAAAAAAUAAUAAAAAUGAGAGGAAACACGUCUCACAGCAAAGUACACGCAAACAAAAAGGCGUUAGUUGUAUUUGACCAACGAAAGAAAAAAAACCUCGUAUUACAGGUUCGAUGGCACAUAAUAUAUAUCUUUUAUGGCAGAUUGUUUUGUUUCGUGCAAAACCUUCUUCCUAAAAAAGCUACAACAAGAUUUUGAUCAGCAGUUUGUCGAAUGAUACGAGCCCCUUCCCGCCUCCCCCCCCCCGCCAUUUCCCAUGACAAAAACAUGCAUACUCGUUGAUCACAAGCGUACAACUACAUAUUUGUCGAAGAACGAUCGAGACAAUUAUUCCAUAAUGCCUCAUGAGAACUUACGCUGACGCAACUCACACUACCUUUACCAAAUAAUUUAGUGACCUUAUGAGGAGCCACUAUUAAAGGUGAAAAUCCACUCACCACUGCACCGGAACUGCUUUAAAUUUUUAUAAGUUGGACUCUUUGGAAAGAAUCGGAGCUAAAAGCUCUUGUAUAACAUAGGACAUAAGUAUGUGCAAAACCGAUCAGCAUAUCGACUGGAUUUCAAACUUUUUUUUCCCUUUGUGGUUGUCAUGCGCGCCUUACGCGAUCGAAAUGAUUCGAUUCUCAGAUAAUACCGUGGGAUGUAGCUUUUAAACUUAAAUGAAAUCAUAGUGAAUACAAUAUUUCCUUCAUUCGACGAUUUAACAUACAAACAGCAGACAUCUUGCUUAUUCCUCGUUUCUUUAUGAUAAACCAUCGAAGAGGAUGUUUGAAUUUAUUGAUGUGUUUCACAUGACUUCUGUCUCCACGACUAAAUUGUUACUGAAUAAUUUAGACAAACAAAUUUUAUCAUGGCCAAUCAAUUCUCGAGACUCACGCAGAAAAUGUCUUCAUUUUUCUUUGGUCAUAAUUAUGAACAGUUACCACUUUUGGCUGAACUUCAACCAAGAAAUGUUUUAUAAAGAUAAGCGAAAACCUUACCACACACCACGAAACUCAAACGCGCAAAGACUAAAGGGAAUGCACGGCUUGCCGGAUCAGUUUGUAUGUGGUGUAAGCGGUAAUGAAAAUUAGUCAGUAGGAUUAGGCUCUAGAUUAGAGACGUUCACGAGAUCUAUGAUAACCGGCCUGGAAAAACGACCUUUAAGAAAACUAUCAAAAACUUUCUACGCAAAACUGUCUCAAUUAUGGUGAGGUUUCUCCCGUUGAUGAUGUUUUUUUUCUAAUGCUCAAGUAUAAUGCAAUUAAGCAAUUUUCAACGCACACAUGAAAUUAAUUUAUGGUGAUGAUGACCUUAAAAUUGCUGGUGAAUGACGUCAUUCAACUUUUUCCUUAUAUAUAACUGAAGUAAGACCAGAAAAAACGUCAAACUGGUGCUAACUUUGGAAUUUGUACCAACGUUCAAGAUUAUUUCAUUUAUGGCUAAAAGUAAACUAAUUUGUCUUGCCCCUUUUCAAACAUUUCUUUUUUAUGAUAACGAUGAAGUGAAUGAAGACUGAGGCGGAGUAAUUUCGGCGUAGGAACCUAUUCAUCUAAUGAGUAGAUUUUUCAAGGAAUGGGGGAAAGCGCCAAAACUUUUGAAAUGAAAAAAAAAAAAUGAGUAAACUUAAUUAAAACAAAGGAGAAGCAGUCUCGUUCGAACUAACUGUAACAAGUUAUUAAGAUUAUCAUUAAAAAUCGUCAUUUAAAAUAGUUGUUAAAAUGAGUUAUUAAAAUUAUGACCUUAUUAAAUUAGUUAUUAAAAUUAUUGAAUUAUUAAAUAAGUCAUUCAAAUUAAUUUUGUCCUAUUACAACUCAAUAGGAUGUCUGUAGAUUUUUUUGUUAAUUGCAUUUGUUUCUCUGUUCGUAUUGACGUUUACUCGUAUUAUGUCCGCUUGUUCGUUUUGCGGUUAUUAAUGUUGCUGUUUUUUUUUUUUUAAAGCUUAAAAAAAUAAUUCCUUCCGGAUAGAAUAAAAGCUGACAAAUGACAAUGACAAUGAUGUUAGUAAUUGAAAUGGUGGUUAUGAACAAGCAAGAUCUAGGGAGGAAGCGGGUCAUACGAUUUUCAUCGCAGUUCCAGACCAGACAACGUGGGGUCAAGGAAAAAGAAGAGAGAAGGUUGACAAAUAACAUAGCUUUGUAAGAGAGAUUGGUAAAAUAUAGAUUGCCCGAAAGAGGGAAGUCCCAGUAGUAUUUGAAGGCGUAAGGAACAGUCCGAAAACGACUGGAAAACAAGUUUAGCCUGUUAUUGAUGAGGCCACUUAAGUCGACUUCACGCAAAAAGCUCCUCUCCUUUGAACCACUAAAAUCUUGAACACUGAGUAAUAGGGGUCUUGGGGGAGGAUGGUUUGAACCGCGGGUAACAUUAAGCAACUUGUUGUUGACAGGCUUCCUAAGAGAUAACACGGGCUCAAAGAUGGUCAACCGGCGCAGUACUAGAAUAAUUAUGAUGACAACAUUGAUAUUUUGCUGGAUUAGACAAACGCAAAAGAAGAAACUAAAUUAAACAGGGGUGGUUAGGGACUAGAAUAGAUCGCGAACGGAAAAAUUGAAGGAUUGAGGCCAAAGACGAAUAAGACCUGCCAAGUGCCUUUAAAGCAGCCCAUCAGUUCACCGGCCUCAGGCGAAACAGCGGUAAAUAAUUCUACUGAAUUUGUGAUAUUCAAACGCGAAGUUCUAAGUAACCUUUUUAUCGUCGUUGGAAGGGAAUUGAAAGUCGACAAUAAUAAGGUUGCGCUCAAUGCAAGUAAUUAAUAAUUAUCCUCCUUAUCCGGGAGUGCGACAGAUUAGGAUCGUUUCCGAUAGCGUUUAUCACGAAACUGCCAAGGAAUCUACUUAGUUUCAUGUUUCUCAGACAAAGAGACCCCACGUGUAGACUAUGGUUGUCAGUUUUGGCAUUCGUUCGAUCAAUUUCAGACUUCUUUAGACAGAAUGCAUGAAAAUCGCGUUUUAUUUGCGUGGUAAAGAUGUAACACGAGUAACGAAAGAUCUUACCAGCUAGGAACGUAACUUAAGUAGUAGGGAAGAAAUUUCUGAAAGAAUUUUCAUUCCUUUAUAAUAAAUAAGCAAACUUGAAAGGGAAUUUAGCCCCUGACUAUAUCGCGAUACCACUGCGGUGUUAUUGCACACCUGCUUCCGACGAGGUUUGGCUGUGCUGUCUCCACAUUGGAUUGUGGAGUCUGAAAAACGGAAGGGAAAGGCUCUUCUAUUCAUGAACUAGUAUGUCGAAUCUCAGUUACGUUUGAUGUUAGUCUGCAAUUCUUCUAUAACAACCUUAACACACCAAAUACAUAUGUAUCUGACUGUUACACGUUGAGGUUUGCAAAGGAGCUAAAAUGCUCGUAAAAUCGUGCCGAUUUGAAAGAUCAAGCCAACAUAAUUUAGGUUUUGAGAAGACAAAGUCACCUCAAGAAUAUAUUCAAACCGAUUUUUUUGUGUGUGUCCGGUAAAGGCAUGAUGGGGGUCUUGCGUGGGACGUUUCUUUUUUCUCCGUUAAGUUGAGAUAGACAGUCGAUACCUGCAUGAUCCUUCGCUUUUCGUCUUAAAGCGUAACCAAAUUCAAUAUAAUGACGGAAAGUAAUUAUCAAAAAUAAAUUGAUGUGGUGUUAGCUGUAGAUGGUUUGGCUUGUUUGGCAAACCCCACCGCGUCAGUGGAUAUACUGAAACCUGAGAUGCGACCUCCCCAGAACUCGUCACCAGGCCCCAUCUAAAUGACACAAGGGCAAUUUGGAAGACACGGGAGACAAGGCCGGAGACAAGGGAAAAGAAAACGAGAUGAUAGAGAUUCAUUCUCCUUUCUCUUCUGUAUCAAUUUGCUUAACUUUAGAGAACUGAUACGAAAUUCUCUCGCGUGGUUACCAGUCCAUCCAAUUACCAGUGCCAUCCUUCUUGAAAAAGUACUUACGUCAUUAAUAACGAGCAUAGGUGCGCGAUCGCUCAGUAUUUCUUCGUGAGAAAAUUGGCCGCCAUAUUGGAUUUUAAAAGUAGAAGAGGAUUUGGAAGAGAGAUGAAUUUCUAUGGAAGGAGUUGACGAUGGGAGAGGAAGGUAUGCUCAUCGCCUCCUCUCCCUGUCUACUGUUGCCCAAAUCAUACACGGCGCCUCGCUGUACGAUCGCGAGCGUGUAACAUUCUGACUCUGGCGCUCCCUUUGGGACGCCAGCUCGAUAGGCUAGAGCGUGAACACAUUUCAUAGAUAACGAAUUGUGCUGCAUAAGCACGUCUUGUGGCUAUUCAGGUAAACUAAACCACGAACUAAUGUCAAAUGAGCAUCUGGGCGUAAGUUGAGGGUUAUACCUUUUUACUUAUGUGCAGUUUCUAAGAACGUGCAUAAGCAUUCCAACUAUAUCUUCAUUCAUUGACUAUUACCGCUGUUUGGCAAGGGAGCCAGGCCUUAAGAAGAUUAAAGGGAAAGCAGCGGAAAUUCAGCUUAUAAAAUCCUCUUGAACUCUUGAAUCUGGAGUUACACGAUAACGAUAAAGACGUUUCAAGUCUAGUCAUGGUGACAGGAAAUAGAAACUUAACUGGUGAACACGCUAUUCUAAGGUGUAAACAUUGGUAAAGAGAAGAUCGAUGUUUAAAAAAAAAAAAAUUGAACAAAGCUUCUGGCGAUUGGUGAAACAAAUUAUUCACACAUCUCCAGUUAGCACAUGCAGAAAUGAAUGUAGACGAUAUAUUUUCAAUGACUGACACAGUAAACUAGGAAUUUCAAGGGAUCGAAACUCACCACAAGAAAAUUAACUCCCAUCCAAAGCUGUUAUCAUUGAUUUUUCUUUUGCAAGACUUCACAGUUUUGUGAUCUCCAUGAGAGUGAGAAUGGAAAUGGUUGACACCAGCCAUGAAAUAACCUCCUUUCCCAAAAUGUAGCAGACCCUAGCUCAUAUUUAUGAUUUAAGUUAUUCACUUUCAUCGUGUUAAAUUUAUAUUCUUCCGUUUAAAUGCCACUGUAGGGGUGGUUUCAUAAAUAAAAUUGUAACCCGCGCGUGUAAAAUCAAUUUCGCUCCCAACAUGUGACUUUGCACCCAACUGGCAUCUCAGUUGCAUGAUUUUAAUUUCCAUCGAGGACUGACGCUUCAAUUUCUGCACGCUUUUUUGCCAUUUUUGCCAAAAGAAUCAUAUUUUCUCUCUCCAACAUUUUGCAGCUAUCGGUUUAAAAACGGAAAUAAUCACAAAAUAUUUCGGCUUUGAAAUGGAACCUUUUCCUUAUGGCGUUUCAUUUUAAAAGUCAAGUUUCCUUAUUGCAAUCCAGCACGUUUCCUCUAUUAAGAUUUUCGUAUCUAAACAAACCGUUGAUCCACAAAAACAGAUUGCUAUGUCUGGUAAUGAGAUUAGUCACGAACAAUAGUGGGAACAUGAUAGAUUUCCUGUCAAGACAAGUUGUUUGUUUAAAGACGGUGUGUGGGGGGAAAAUUCGGCUUGAAAGUGUCUUGUUUUGGUUCGGCUUAAACGUUUCUUGUUUUGGUUGGCUGAGUUUUGAAAGAAAAUUAAAGAUGGAGAGGUAUUUCGAUUAAGGUCAGAUAUUUAUAGGCCUUUGUAGACAUCUCUCUUUUUCGCGCUGUGGGAUUCAAAAGCUCAUCAUUUUGCAGUGGCUGAUGUGAAAUUCAACUCUGAAAUGAAAUCUGAAAAAAAAUUAUCUCCUAGUCUGGUAAUUUUGAAUAAAAGAGAUUGUUUUCAAUAGAGUGAAACAACACGUGAUGUGAAAUCGUAAGAAUCAGCUGAGCACAGUUGAUGUCAUAGCUUAAAUUUCUACGUUAAAAAAAAAAUGAAAUUUUCGAGGCUCUUUCAUAUUGACAAAUUUUUGAUGUUUUUUAGACAUUAGAAUGCUCACUUAUUUAGUCUUUUUUUUCUUUUUUUACGUUUUUCCCUUUUUUGUCCACGUAUGCUACAAUAGCUUACUAUAGCCCAAUUUUAACUCCUGCUUGAAUCAAUACUUACCUUACGUGACAUCACGCUUCCAAAUAUCCAAUCAGAAUACACAUUGCCAUUUGUUCAAAGUCCGUUUUUUUACCUUUAGCUUUUCUCCGAAAAAAUCACUUAAAGGUAAAUAUUUUCGGUAUGUAUUAAGAGACGUUUUUGGCCAACGGAAUAACGAGAAUUUCCAUUGUGAUUUAAAUACUUUAAGCAAUGGAAUUUUUAAACGUUUUUCAAUUUCUUCAUCCUAAAGUUAUUAUGAGUAAGAAAGCAAACGUUUAAAAAAAGGCUUUCAUGUUUUGAUGGUUCUAUGAUCAUAUUGGAAAUAAAAUUACGAUGUCUUCUGAUCCCAAGACUCUUCUGAGGUUUGUUUGCAGAUACUGCAGAAGUUUUAACACCUUUUAGCACUAUAAUUUCCUUAAAUUCUAAUUACAAGUUUGCUUUUAGAUACAAGGAUCUCACCGGAGCCGGGUUGUGUUUUGAACUUCGUUUAACAUUUUACAAAUCUUACAGAAAUAAAGAAUAAUGGGACAAAUUCAUCCUGACUGCUGUAGGGAAUAUAAAUAUAGUGCUCUAAGUUAUGUAGACGCCAGUUCUCCAAACACAUUCUUCCCCCGAUGAAACUUAACAAUAUAAGACGAAAUGGUUUGACUCGUAAGCUAACGUAUGCAAAAGCGUUAACAAACAAAUGUGUACUCCAAGGUAAAAGCACUGCAUGCGGUUGCGUUUUGAUAUGGGCCAAGUUUAUUGUUGUUUACGCCCCUCGUUACCUUUUCGAUCGGAAGCUGUCUCUGCUGAAUACAUACUGUCCUCCGCCUGCCUAAAGUUAAGUGAAGACUGGGAUAUAAUUUGAAAUUCGGUCCGUUUAUAUCAUCUACAUGACGUUUUUAAACAAUUUAGACUCAGUAACUUCCAUUCAGAGGAUGCUGAAGAAGCACACUUUAUCAAACUAAAAGUACCGAGGAUAUGACAGGUUAUAAGAUCAGUCAUGGGUACAAAGGUUAUACAAACAAUUUUUUUUUUACUUUAGUAAACUUGUGCACAAAAUAAUCUCCCCUCUUGUGUAACUUCCGUCAUUUUACUCAAAAUUCAUCCAAUUUGAAACCAUUCCACAAAAACACUAGGCCACCUGCAAACUCUGAGAGAAGCUCUCAAAAUUUGACUCCUAAAAUUCAGAGAUGAACGCUAAGGACCAAGAACGACUUAGUACAUUCUUCAUGGCGGUUGAAAGUUGUUUUCAAAUUCUCUUCUGUCUAGUUUACGAUAUCGAACAAGAAAAGCAACUUCGAGAAUGAAACGCCAUGGCUAUGGGUUAGCGUAUGUUAUGACUGCUCAGCAAAACUAGCCUGUUAAGAGGUUCGUGAACCACCGGGUAGAGCGAAUAUUGAAUCCAAUUUAGAACUGUUGUGGCUACUUUGUAACGUUUGCUAUUCUUCUGUCCCAAAUGACUAGCAAAAAUAUGAUUAGUGGGUGUCUUAUUGGCAAAAAAGUCCUCAAGUUCAAACGUGUAAACGGUACUCUGAUGUUUUGGCUAUCACUUUCAACGUGUGCAAGCGUACACCUACAUAAACUAUAAAAGCUGACUUCAUUGCCAUAUUCGUCACUGCGACGGAAGUUGCUGCGAGCAAAGCCUUGCACUAUGAAUGCGUUUGUGGUGAUUCUCCUUGCGCUUGGCGCAGUUUGUAAGUACAAACAAGUUUUAUUACUUUUUUCCUUCAUUAUCUUUCUUCCAAUUUUUCAUCAUGUUCAGAAAACCUUCCAGCACUUGCUCUUGAUGAGCUGAAUAAACUAUUCUCGCAUCAAAGGAGACCACAGUAUAAAACAUAAGAAAAAAGUAAACUAUUUAGAGGUUCAAAUUAACAGUGAAGAAGAAUGAAUCGUUGAUGAUGGUGAAGAUUGACGCAGUUUGGCCGACAAUUAUUGGCCAUUCUUCCAGCUCAAGAUACGUAAAUUGUUAUGUACAGGUCACAGUAAUUCUUUCAGUUUCCGUAACAGUAUCACUUGUGACUCAUUCAUGUCUCUCUUUUUCUUCCCUUCUGUCUCUUUUAGCUUCAAUGCCCAUAGGUAAGAGAGAGAGAGUUCUGUGUUAAUCGUACCCUAUAUUUAUUUAACAUUGGUUAAUACAAAUAAGAUAAAACGAACUUAGGUGGGUCGCAUGCAAGGGUACUGAUCUUGACUAGAACUUUGAUUUAAAUUUGGAUGUGACAUCACUCACUUCAUUUCAUUUGUAUACUUACGUAUGGAUUCGUUUUUAAAUCAGAUUUUCUCUGAAAUAUUCCAUGCUUUCGACAAGGUUUGUAACAAGCAUGUAGCUUAUUAUUCUCUUUGCGGAAAAAUGUUGUAAAUGUUUUAAAAAUAUUGUCUGAUUGUUUUCAAAACAGCGUCAGUUAGUUUCAUUUGUCUUUGAUGCAGGAGGUAGAGAGUUUUCUCCCAUACAACAAAAAAAAUUCAUCCAGUUUGCUCCUGUAUUAGCCCAUGCCACUUAGGUAAAAUACUUUUGAUUGAAGAUGGUUUAUUUUUGAGGGGCUAAAACGAACUGAAAGCAGUUACAAUGGUUUUCAGAGGGAGCCAAUUAAAACUUGAGAGCAAAUUUCACUUGACCGGCUACAAGCUAUGGAAAACGAAUGUGUCCAAGUCGCGUAUUUUUUUGUAUCUGAUUAGUUGGGCUGCAUGAAGCAAACCUGACGGGUGAGAUCAGUCACAAAGCAUUAGCGAAGCAAAACCAACUCAAUAUAGAAAUCUGUCGAGAACCCUUCAUUUGAUAGCUUUGUAUCUUCUUCAGCUUUCGAAAAGGGAAAGCGUUACACUUACAACUACCAAACUGAUGUAUACCAUGCCAUACCCGGCGGAUCAACGAAGACCCUCGGACUCAGAGCGAGGUGUCAGGCUCAUGUGGAUGUGCUGAAGAAAACCGAGCUUCAACUAACCGUGAGAAAUUUUUUUCUAAUAUCACUUAGCAUAGAAAAAAAAAUUAAGUUUGAAUUGAAGUUUCGCUUCUCUUUGAUCCACAUUGGCUGUUUUCACGACAAAUCAAAUAUUUUAUUUUCAGCAUUUCAUAGAACAUAGGUUAAAAGUCCCAACUGAUUUAGCACAAGUAUAUUUUUUUUAUCUGUGUUUUGUCUGCCUUUAGUGAUUUAUAACUGAAAUUCAUAAUAUAAAUUGACUUAAGACACGCCUUUCGGAGGAUAAGGUUAUUAAGAAGGGACUACCUGAACAGAGUAAAUUCAUUGCAAACGGGUCCAUUAAAAUCAACUAUGGAUAAGGUAUUUGAGGGGUCAAAUGAUGGACUGAAGGCUACAACACUUACCUUAUUGUGGUCUCCUCAGUUGGCAAACAUUCAAGUUGCAGAAGUGGAAGGAAACCUUCAGGGCCCAAAACAACAAAAUGAGAAAGCAGCUGACCCCAAGAUCGUGAAAAAAAUGCAAGAUUUCCUCGCCCUACCCGUGAGACUUGCAUUUAAGUCACAAGAUGGCAGUAUCAAACAAGUCUAUGCAGAUCCUCAAGACCAGGAAUGGUCGCUGAACAUUAAACGUGGGCUCGCAAACCUUUUCCAGGUGUCACCGCGACAACAACGUAAAUCACAACAAGAGAAAAAUGGCAAACGAUUUGUUACUCAACUUGAGGUUAGAAGUUAGCUAUAACUUAUAUCAACGCUUUUUUUCUGUGAUCUGACCACCUAUCUGAUCUUCUAUUCCUUUUCAUCUAUGUGAGUUUAAAGGGUCAAGUUUUGUAUCAAAGCAUGAAUAAAUAAGGUAAAGAUAUGGUACAAAAUAGUGAUCAUGAUUGUCUAUAUGCUUUGUCAAUAUACCUCUCCAGUUUGACAUAUCCAUAUUUCGAGUAAGGAAGAAACAGCAACAAAGGUCACAAAAUUUUUUGAGAAUGAUUCGCUGAAAAUCACCGCUAUUAUCAAUUUGGAAAACAAGAAUGACGGUUAUACAAGAUCCCGUAGCGACAUGUUUCUGAGAUUGUGGCAAACUUGGUUGGAAGAAAAACGUUCUCUACUAUCUGGUUCGCCAGUAAAUUUGUUAGGCGAAAAAUGUCUCACCUCUUUCCCUUUCUUUAGACCACUGCAGUCGGUUAUUGCCAAGUCUCUUACGUAAUUCAAUGUGAAAAUUGCCAAGCGGGACACAAGGAGCAAGUAACAAAGGUUACCAAAGUCAUCAACUACCAUAAAUGUCGACACCGACCGGAAUUUAGUCAGAGUAAUUUUUAUGGAAGACGGUGCGACGGAUGCCAACAGGUAAGAGACUCUUACUUGGUUGGGAUGUUUCCUAUCAAAAGUAUCCUCCUCGAGAAUUUCAGGCUUUUCAAUUGAAAAACAUAUUUCUUUACCUUUGCGAAUUAUCUAAGAGGAGAAAGGUUGCGAUAUUUUAAGUUGUCUUCCGGAAUCGUUGAAGAUCGUUGUGGAGAGAUGCCUUAAUACGUCAGGGUAAGCGGACACCAAAUGGGCGAAGAAUAUUCCAAAAGGAAGUAAGGAAGUAAGGAUGGCGAAGGACGAAGAAGAUUUAAAAUAAUAAAGUUAAACAGUUAUGGUGCUAUACGAAGGAAUGACUGAAAAUCAUGAAAGUUGAGGGGAGAAAAAAUGGAUUGGUCAAUGAUUUGCCACUCUCGCUCCUGUGAUACUUUUGUAGAGAAUUAUGCCAUCCAAAAAUGGCACACCUUAACAGAAGAAGGCCUCAUACUAUGUUGAUAUUUCUUUCCUUGCAGAGCUUGGGUAAUGUGCCAUACCAUCAGUCAGCUGGUCAGAUCGAACUUAUCCUGAGUGGAAAUGAGAAAGACGGUUACACCAUCAAAAGAGCUGAAGCUAUAGAGCAACAUGUAGUCACACCAUUCAGUCAAGCCGGAGGACAGCUGACUGCCUCAGCAAGGUACAGUCCCAGUAACGAUAUCCAUCACAGUGUUGAAACUACAUUUCAUUAUAGAAAAUCACUUGGGCUUAAAGAAGACCUUACUAACAAUUUUUGGUCGAGGAAGGCUUGGAAUUGAAGAACGUUAUUAAUAAAGUAUGAGUAAGUAUGCAAAAUGUGUUGACUAACCGCAUCGUUGUUGCAGGAUAUAUGUUGGCUGAGUUGCUCUUGCCUUAUUUUAUAUGUUAGUUAAAAGGUGUAGUUUAAACUGCUUUCAGUCUGGGUUUGUGCAGGUUUAAAAAUUGUUCUUCAGAGAUCCAUUAGAUCUUGUUCAAUAUCUCAAACUUCGAUGUUUUCACUACUGACAAUGGCAUUAAAUUUUUUUCUUGCAAACAGACAACGUUUGGAGUUAAAUAAAACAUCUGACGCUGGACAGGCAUGUGAGUAUUAGGACAAUUCGCUUCCUUCUUUCACUAAAUGAUCACUCGCUGUCGAGAAAAUAAAAAUUGAGAUUCAAGGAAAUCUUCACCUGGGAUUACAAUUUGAUUUCACGCUCAGUUCUCAGAAAUAAUAUUGGGAUGAACAUUGAUUCAGUUCAUGGCAAAACGGCGAAGUAAGAAGCGAGUUAGUCAUUUUUUUCUGUGUCUUUUUACCUUGUGUAGUGCAAACUACCCUCCCUUUUUAGGAGAUUUCAGAACAUUAGCUUUAUAGGAUAGAGAGACUCAAAAGAUCAUAGAGGAAACAAAAAAUGGUAAUGAUGGAAUAGACUGAAAGGGAUUGAAAGUUACGAAUUUGAAAAGUGGGCUCAAUUUUGCCAGGAAACACAAACUGUGAUUUAGCUCCGUUUUUUUUUUCUUUGCUCCAAGCAGCUGCAAAACUUACCAGGACUACAAGCCAUCGAUUUGCUGUUGAGAAUCCCGAGCGACGAGCCCGCGAGAACGCUCAAUGUCAGCAGGAAACUGCUAGACAGGUAACACUCGUGUCAGUUAGUAGUACUCCUUCGCUUUUCACAUCGAAUUUAACCUCUUUUAAACUAAUCAAAAGUUGGAAAAGCUCAAUUUUUUUCUGGUGAAAAGGUCUUCGAUGUGCAACUAAGUAUCUUUUAUUUGGCACGCACCGCGCUGUAGAGGAUUUCUGUGAGACCAGAGGUUGGUAAACGACAACUCCACAAACAUGAAACACAAGUCUGAAUUUGAUUGUCCCGGUGGUGUUCGGAUGCAUGAAUUUGUAUGGGCAACCAAAGCAUUAUUGUAAAAGAGUUUCAGUCAGCUCGACAUAAUUACCUAAUGAUUUUUUUUUAAUCAUUCUCAAGUAGACGUAACAUACCAUAACAUACUCGCUUGCAGGCGAAAAAUGCUACCGAAGAAAUGUGCAAAGCCAUCAAACAGAGGGACGGAGCAGCUGAGAUGUUUGCUAACUUGGUACAGCAGCUGAAAAAGUGCAACCAAGACACAGCCGAGAAACUUGCUGAUAACAUGUUAGCCCGGCAAGACGCAUCCGAGAGGUAAAUUAGUUAAUAUACUUAUGUGUUUUAUUGGGAUACCUUAUCAAGAGUUCAGACUUAAUAACAAAGACUUACCCAACUUUUAGCUUCAAAACCAAUAUAGAAAGAAUAAGAGACAUGGUAAGUUUUGAGCUUGGUAAAGAAAUGGAGAAAGAUGCUUUUCUUCUAGACGAAAAACAUCGACACUGCUGAUCCUAGUUAUAUGCAGGACGCGGGUCAUAUGAACCUCGUAAUAGACCUCGCUCACUGUAGAGUCUCAGUGGUAGAUCAUCGGAGCGCGGAAUCUGAAGGUCUGAGGUUCGAUUUCUCAUGGGGACUCGGAAUUUUUUCUUUGUCCCACGCUCGUGACAAGACGAAAAGCAUCUUUCAAUAAGAUGGUUUGAAAAUUUGGAAUUUCAAUCUUCCUUUAUCUACAGUCUUUUAUAACAUCAAGUUUUAAGGUUUAACGUUUGGAAAAUUUGUUUAUUAGAAAAUAUUGCAUUGAUGCUCUCUCCUCUGUGGGAACCCGUGAGGCUUUUCAAGUUCUAAAGAAAAAGAUCCAAGAGAAGAAAAUCAAUAAGGCAGAAGAACUCAAACAAGUGUUCUUGGGAAUGUCAUCUGCUCCACGACCCUCCGCUGACCACAUCAGAGUUACCUGGGUAAGACUACAGCUCAUAAGUAUGACACAACCUUCACAGAACAAAUUAUGGCGAUCGAUUUACUGCUAUAAAUUGCGGCUUUAUUUUGUCACGUCUUCAAGGACGAAGUUAUGGUGUUUCAAAAAUAUUUUAAUUCCCUGUCCAUUGAUAGUCUGUAGCGAAAUUUUUUUAACUCAAAGAUCAGAAUAAGAAGAUCGUCUUUUUGGCUGUUUUAGGAACUGUGCGAACACGCUGAAGUUAAAAAGGAUAUGUCAGCUCGUCGUCAGUGCAUGCUCACAUUCGGGGCCUUGCUACGUAAGAUACAUCAAAGACCCAGUCUCCAACAGGACACCAAAACUAAGGCUGCUUGUGAGGAGUAUACAAAGGUAAUGCAAUCUUGGCCUAGUUGUCAUGCUAUAACAUGUCCUUCCCCUGUCAAUAGUGGACUUCAAUAUUAAUGACUGUUGAUCGAAAAAUGGGCACUUUUAGAGAGAGAUUAUUUGAGUUGCCACAUGAUGCUACAUUUGCCACAUGAUACUAAGGAAAUGUCAACUGUAAUAAACCUCUAAGCAACCGACCCAAGCCAUAACUUUCUUGCAUUCAUAAUUUUGUCCAUCUAUACCAGCAUAUGAUCUCCAUGCAACAAAAUUGUUAGCUUCAGCAACAACCAUCUCAAAGAUAUCACAGUUGUGUUUAAAACCGGAGAUAAUUACUGUUCUUUCAACCGUUACUUUAUCUAAACAGAAGAUACUAGAUCGUCUUGCUGGUAAAACGACCGAACAAGAGAAAGUAAUGUAUAUCAAAGCUAUUGGAAACUCAGCUAGCCUUCGAGCACAACCAGCCCUGCAAAAGAUUCUCAAGGACCGUGAUGAGCCCCUCUACAUCAGGGUGGAAUGUGUUUGGGCUCAUAGGCACAUCAUCCGUCAGGCCAGGCAAACUGUAAGUAAUAUGGGUCCUUAGGAUUACACAAUUUAGAAAAACAAAAAGUGUUGCCACGAUACUUUACGUCGGCCAUAUUGGACUGGUUUUGCAACAAAAAUUGAGGUGGUAAAGCACGCUAUUUUGACCAUGAUUGAGGACGUGAGUACAGCACCGAAGACGCCUAGAGGGAGUGAUUUGCCAUAGCAAUUCGAUAUGAAGGGAAAUGAUGUCACUUCAGAUGAAAAAAAUUUUUUUUUUCUCAAUUAUCUAUGUUCCUAAUGUGAGUACAUACACUUUCUUUUGGCUCAGGCAACACUGUAACAAAAACCCAUUCUCUUGGCGUCUUUGGGAAGACUAAAAAUUUUCGAGACAGCUAUGUGCUAAUGUAUUUUUGCAGUCAAAUGGACAACAUAUAACGGCUGAUUUUACUUUGAAACCCUUGGUUUUUAUUUUAGGCUACUCCAUCGCUGAUUUCUACCUUUGCUGAUGCGAGAGAAAGCCCUGAACUGCGCAUGGCCGCUUUCAUUUUGAUGCUGAACUCAGGACCUAACUUUGCAACGCUGCAGGCUCUCGCCAAUAUCGUGAAAAGGGAGAUCACUAAUGCUGCCCCAGGCCCUCGCAGCAACCAAGUAGCAUCAUUUGUUAGAGCUCAUCUAGCAGCUUUGGCCUAUCAGAACAAUGUAUUGACAAAGCGAAGGUACUGAGUCACUUUUUACUUAAAAAUAUUUUGAAAAGCAACAAGCUAAAAGACAAAAACAAUAGAGGUUGAGCACUUGAGCUCGUCUGGCAAGCACCUGAUGAAACAGUCUAUAACGAGAUUUUUUUGAAUGCGGUAACUUAGAACGAGAACAUUAUUCAUAGCUCGUCUAUCAAAUUUCCAUUUUUUAAGGAAAAAAGCAAAAUUCGAUAUGCGUCUUUGAGAUUUUAGGUAAACGUGUGUGUUCUGUUUGGGUUGAUAUAUAAUUAUGAACAUUUCCUUCAAGGGCGACCGACAAAAAAUACUUUAAACGUUGUUUGCCCUUAACAGAAAAAAGUGUUGUGACAAUUUGCAAAUUCUGCUCAGGGUAAAGUAUGAAGAAUUGAUUACAAUAUUUCUUUAGAGCAGUUCGAAGAUUGCCCAAGAUUGUUAAUCAGUCCAGCCUUCCAAAAUUUUAACGAAAUGGAUACGCAACUAGGAAUUAAGCCUACUCAUCCAGCCGUGAUGAGAUAUAUUUAAAGAUUCCGCCCUUCGCUUUUUUUUAUUAUAGCAGACGGUUACAAAAUUGACGUCAAAUUGUUCUCUCGAAAUAUGCGCAGUCUGUAAGAACCACUUAUUAUAAUCUCAGGUGUAUGCAGGCUCGCUUGGCUCUACGUCUCAUGCCAAAGAUGAGCUUUGGUCUUGGAUACUCUAAAGGAAUUCGAUGGGCACAAUAUUCAGGUAAGGUAACAAGGGCAACGAAAACUGAACAUGCGUUUGAUUCAGACAAAGACCUAAUCAGUUGACGGGUGGGAUCAGGUACAGACCUGAGACUGCUGAAUUUAAAAGUGCUAUCUUUGAGUCAUAUUGUUCGUGCUUCCUAAAAAAUCUAAAAUAAAUUUUUCAUUAUCGUCGGUAAUCCACGCUAUUCACCUACAUCCUUAAUCAUUCGCCUUUCGUUUUGUCUGUCGAUGCUCCUCAGUGUCUGUCUACUCGGCGACUGAAAAUGUUGCGAUUACCAUCUCCUCGAAUAGCGUUGUAUCCGUUGAUUUAUCGUUUUGAGGUGUCCAUAAAAUGCGCGAUGUAUCAAGCUUCCAUGUCGAUAGGCUUUUUGAUUUGAAAUAAUCCCGGUUCUUGUCCUUCAUCUUUAAAAACAGAGAAAUUCCAAGCAGGAUUCGAGUUGGAGGCAAACAAAAUGAAUGUUCCUGACAGCAUGCUGCCACGAAACCUCAACACACAGAUCCGACUGCACGUGUUAGGCUACCAAAUUAGUGCGUUAGAGGUAACUCCUGUCAUAAUUAUACGUCAAUUACGCCGUAUCGACCUCAUUAUUGUCCUAUUAGCCCUUAGGUCAUGACUGCACAAUGUCUUGGUAACAGACUUCAUCAUGCAGCAUCAUAGUAUCAAAUGUAUUGACGUUCUGGUAGCUCAUCAACCUUCUCCGAAUUGUUUCAAUAACGAACUGCUAAAAAGCUGAACUGAAGAAACAUAUGCUAAGCCCUCUUUCGAUAGAGAAACCCUUUGCACCACACUCCACUUCACAAAAUUUUGGUACUCUGUAGCUGUCAGUGACAUGGUUACACAUCAGGGUAUCAUCAUGCACGUCAAAGCCUUAACUGAACACUCCUAUGUAUUCAGAAUUAGCUUGGGAAUGUCCCAAUUUUUCAUUUGGUGCCGCAAAAAAACGGUAAAUCAUAACGAAAAUUUACUUAACUUACAGGUUUAGUGUAGUUUAUCGUCUAGAAAGAUAUGGAGUUUUCUAGACCAUUAAAGAACUUGAAAAAAAAUCCUACUUUACUUUUAAAACUAAAUUGAAAAUUUCAGCAAGUUAUCAAAGUGAAUACCUUUUGAUUAAUUUUUUAUUUCUUCUUCGCGAAGUUUGGCGCUCGAAUCGAAAACAUGGACGACGUUAUUGAGCAGGUAAUUUCCGAAGUUCGAAAACGUCACAAACGAUCUCUGUGGGGAAGAAUCAGCUCCUUGUUCGAAAAUGAGAGCUCGGAAGAUGAUAAUUCAGGGGAAGACAGUUCUGAAAAUGGAUUAUCAGGAGACAUGAUAUCAGAAGACAGCUCAACAAUAAUUCGUCCUGCUACUCGUCCUAGUUCACAGCCAACAAAAACUCCCAGUCACGACCAAAAGGUAACCAAACCUGACCAUGUUUAUCUCUCUCACUCCCAAUAGAGACCAGUGUAUAAAUUAUCAUUGCAAUUUCAAGACACAAAAACAGAUUGUAAAUGACAAUUCACUAUUCAAGUAAGUGAUAUUGCCUCGAUAGGUCAACAUAAUCUCCGCACGAUCCAUCACGCUAGAAUUAUGCUCGGAAAGUAAGCUUAUAACCUUUCAGAUCGUAGAAAUGAAAGGGCUGAAUGCCACACUAUUUGAAGUAAAACAGAUUUGGCUUUGUUCAAUUAAGCUAGAAAAGGAAAUUUUUGUUUUGAAUAUGAGGUAAUGUACAUUCAACACAAAAUAUGAAGCAUGCGGCACCGAGUGUUUUUCCCGCUCUACAACUCCCUUAAGCCACUCACUCAUUCAUAAAAAUUUCAAAGAAACAAAACGGCCCUUCUCUGUCAGCUAAUUGAGGAAAGUAGUUUGGUUUCGCCACGGGUAUAGAUUUAGGUCUCUCACCUAGAUUCCCUGACUCUGUUAACGUCGCGAAAACUGAAAUUACAUUACUUAUUUCAGAUAUGGCACUUACAUCAGAGAAAAAAGGCAAAUCAAAUUGAAAUGAAACUUGCUAAAUAGACAGUUAAUAUCAUUUAUAGAAUCGUCAACAAGUCUCAGUUUUCAUGAAGUUGUUUGGAGACGAGGUGAAGUACAUGGAAAUCAGGCAAGAAGAUAUCAAACAGUUUUCACAAGAUGUCGCAGACCUUUUGCUGGGGAAGAAAGAUCGAAUUGAAUACGCUGACAAAAGUGAGUUAAAAAUAAAUAACAGUUAUUAUCAUCAUUAUUGAUGGGUCAAAUUUUCUCAUUUUUAAUUAGCUGCGGCCAAAAAAUUUGCACUAUCAUUAUUUUCAGAAGACCAUAACUUCAGAAAUGUAGAGGCGUCAAAUAUCAAUUAAAAUUGCUUCCUUUGAGUUUUUUUUUUCACCAAAAUGACCUUAGUAGUCUCUUUAAGCUGAACACAGUUUUACAAGCGCGAAGAUGUUUUGGUAUAGUUCAUCAAGUUUUCAUUUGCUUUCAUUUCACAGCAAUCGUGGUCACAUCGAAAGGAAUUGAAAUGAAGCAAUCUCUUGAGAAAGCCUUCCUAGCCAACAGUGCGCGCCGUGUGGUGCCAACAUUAGCAGGAAUCUCACUUGACUUCCAACACCGAACUGCAGCGGUCGCCAAGGUUACCGUUGCCGCCAACAUUAACGUUGAGCCGUCCAUCGGCCGUUUACCACAGCUCCAGGCACUUACUGCUACCACAGAGAUAAAACCAAUGUACUGAAUACAAUUUCGUUGUCAUGUCACGGCUGUUUUAUUUUGCGACCUCUUCUUUAAUUUUUGGUCACAAUUCUUUUUUGCAGCAUUGACGCCCAUGAACAUGCACAAGUCGGUAUCCACACUCCUUUCCUGCGCAUGGGAGUGCGAAUGAAAGCUGCUGCGCAUUCUGACACAGAACAUAAGGCUAAUGCUAAUUAUGCAGCCGGUCAAGGGUACUCAAUGACUUACCACGUGCCUCAGGAACAACGUGAUAUCUUGAAUAUACAGUAAGUGUGGAGCCUUGAGAUCACGGGAAAGACAGGACACAGCAGAAAGUGAACAGACAAUUGUGGGGCAACAAGGAACAACUUUUUAGCGCUCAAUAGCCCCCUAUACCUUUCCAUAAAAUUAAGUUCUGUCGCUUAAAAUCAGUUAAAUAUUUAUUUUGAAUUCUCCAUUUUUUGUUAUAACCGCAAUGCAUGAUCAAUGCAAAGUUGUGAAGGCAAUAUUUUCAGUAUAAAAUGAUAAGAAUGCACAUUUUCAAUAUUUUCUUGAUGGACAACGAAGUCGAUGGAACGCCGUGUUUUGUGGUUAAAAGUACCAGAAUACGUUGGAGUGUAUAAUACACAAAAUAUUUAAAGAAUAACAUUGCACCACAUCGGACUCGUUUCGAACCAAAUUUUAUCCCCUUUGAUAAAUAUCACUACACUUUCAAUCAAAAAUUUUUUGAAAAUGAAGCAAUUUAUCGGCUGAGAUAUAUUUGUUUUGAUGCAAAACCACGUUCUUCCGAUUAGCAAGGACAAUUAUAUGGUAACCACUACGACUGAUUUAAUUUUCAGGUCAGAUGCAUAUGGAUUUGUGGCGAAAAAACAUCCAGAGAGCUGUCGGGAAGAGGAGAAGCAAUUUCGUUUUGAUUUUAAGACGCCACAUCUUAAACAGGUAAAAAAUAGUUGCAGCUCGAUUGUUGAGGGCUUACGGAGUCAGGAUGGAAAAUUCAACACAAUGUCAAGUAUGCCAAUGCGAACUUCAAGCGCGGGGAACCACGCGGGCCGCUAGUUUUAGUCUUUUCCUGAUUGGCUGAGAGUGCAAGAUCUCUGGACCAAUUCCAGUGCACAAGGAAGCAAACCCAAUGCAAUACGAGAUUACUUUAAAUACAACAAAAGGAUUAUUUUGUUGGAGAUGUUUUCACUGUUUGGCGUGUAGUUAGCCAAUAAAAGCUUUCUUUCUCUCAUGUUUAGAUACACUGAGAGGGAAGGUCUAUAUCUAGAUUGGGUAGUCCAUUCUAUUCCAUUGUUUAAUUAGCACACGGCUUCUUAUAGACUGAAUAGAGAAUAAAGGGAAGUUAUCAAUCUAUAUUUGACUACCGAGAAAACGAAGAUGAUUUGUGAUCAAACUCAAGGGUUGUCAAAAAGUACAGUUCAUGCGAGUGAAAAUAUAUUAAAUUCGUAUCAUGGGCGCAGGAAAAAGAAGUAAUGCAUUCAAUUUCUUUACCUUUCUCUCUCUCAGGUUCAGAAGACUUGCAAAGGACAAGAUUUGUUUGGAGUUCAGAUUUGCGCUGAAGGGCGAGUCCCAGAUCUUCCCUCUUUGAGGCUUCAACAAGUUCCAGUCCUCCCAACAGCUGCGCUGACUCAGCUUCGCGUUUCCAUGGCACCAGCCGUAGACAAACCAACCGCUGUACAGUUCACGGGUCUGGUCACCCCAAAAAGUGAAGAAGGUAAUUUACCGAAAAAAAAUGACAGUAGUCUGAAUUUUUCGUCAGGAAUUCAUACAGGAAAUCAUUACGCAUUGAUUCUGUGAUAAUUUUAUUGCUGGCUUUUUUAUCUCCUAAUGUCACGGUCCAGGAGGAUGUCCUGGUCUCAAAUUUAGUGUGCAGGAUCUGAAGCUAGAGCUUCUAGAUCAAACCCAAGCCAGCAUCACUCUAUUGUAUUUUUGAGUGGGACAUUUUGGUCUCGCAAAGGUUCUCUCCAUCUACGAGUGUAAUGGUUAUAAGUAAAUUUCCAAGUAAAGCUUUAGUACACCACAAUGGGGGUUAGCCUGCGGUGGACAACCAUCUCCUUCUAGGUGGAUGACUAAUUUUCCAAUGCAAAUGAACUUUGGCGUUAAAGAGAAGGUCGCUUUUUGUUGAGGUCGGCCUGCUAAUCAUCCGUGAAAUUAUGUACUCAGAAAGGAUGAGCAAUGUAAUGAUAAUCAAUUUAAUUUACUUUAAAGUCCCUACAGCAUGGCGAGUUGAAGGUUUCAUCGAUGCUUCCUCGAAAACCGCCCGUCGUCGAAUCCCUUACAGGAUGACCCUCGACAAAGCAACAUACCAGAUGAUGAUCCAUGUAGGAAAUAUCCAGGCCAAAGGAUAUGAAGAUGGAAUGGCAAAAAUUACCGUAGGUCGCAGGGAAAUGAAACUAGAAUUUGGAAGACAAAAACUUCGAUAUCAGGUUUCCGCAUCUUGGCAGGUUCAAGAUCAAGGAAAAACCGCGCGCCUGAUGCUGCAGUGGGCAGAAGUAAGCACGAAUUCUUUAGUUCCCGGAGAAGAUUAACACUUAGCUCAUUUUUUUAAUUGCUUCUCAAGAUUUAUUAACUGAGUAUUCUUUCCAUGAUUUUUAGGUUCCACAGCAGUGGAAGACCUUCUUCUACAACUGGGAGCCACAGUUAUGGUAUUUCCUUCAACAGUUUGCUUGGGUCAGGCGUCCAGAACAAUCCAAAAACCAAGUAGAAGUUGAAUUUUUUCUUACUUCGCCCAUGACUGCUUCGCUGAGGAUGAGAACUCCAGACGCUACUGCUGAGAGGACUGGCCUUAGCCUACCAGUGAGAGUGGAUCGUUUCCCAUCCUCUUUACAAGAAAUCAAGAACUACUUCUAUGGUGAGAUCAUCAUUUAAGAUUGAGGGUUUUCGUGUUUUAAUAGUUCUAUUAGAGAGAGAAUAUUGCAUUAUCUGCCUUGCGUGGUUUUGAAAGGAAUUACGGGAACUUAAAAUUUAUCUUAUUUUAAAUCUUUGUGAAUCAGAUUUUUAAACAGAGGUUAAGACGACUAGUAGUCUCAGCAAAAUAUGUAUACCUUGGUGAAAACAAAGCCAGCAAUUGACUUCGAGACCAUUUAUCGUUGCUUUGGGCACGGGAAAGGAUGGGUGUGUAGCUUUCUGUUGAGAUAAGGUUGAGCUUCCCUGAAGACAUUUUGAAGUUUUUUCUUUAAUGAAAGUUGUGAUGAAUAAAAAACAGACAAAUAAGUUGCAUGAUAACCAUGGACAACCAUUACCACAAUGACAACGGUAAAUGUUAUUACAUUCCAUUCGAACUUUAUCUCCUAGUCUUGGCUGAAAACCUACAAGUCACGAGUCAUUAUUGUUCAUCUCGACGUUUUAUAUUUUAUCUUUUAGCCAAGUGUGAGGUCCAAAAAGACAGCAUUAGAGUGUUUGACCAACUUCAGUACAAGUACAACAUCAAGGGCGGUUGUCCUUAUACUCUUGCUAAGGAACAUAGGAAAGACAAGCAACCUAGAAUUCAGGUAAGAUUGGGUUUAUAGAAAAACAAAGGAAGAGAAAAAAACACCUCAGGCCUAUUUGAUAAUAUUAUCCGGUGUCUAGACCAAUUAAUAAUAAAUAAAAAACCCUCGGAUGCUCCGGCAUCAUGCCAUCUUGGUGUUCUAAGCUUUUGGGUAUUGUAUGAAGUGGGCUAAGCGUGUAAGGAAAGGCUCAAGUUUUCAGAUAUACUUUAGCUAACUAAAGAUAUUUUAGUAUUUACAAUUUUCAACUCUCGCAUUUUAUGUCAACAUAUUUUACCAUUUCACGUCGUAACUUCGCAUUUGUGGAAUUCACAGUAUAUUCCCUACCCUGACAAGAUUCAAUGUUUCCCUUCCGUGGGUAACCAAUAUAUCCCUUUUUUUGCCUCAUGGGAGUAGAGGGGCUAGUUGGAUAGCCUGGCUUACGUUCGACUCAAACUGUUCGUAUCAAAAUUUAUUCCAAAAUUAAUCGAUGACUCUACUGGCCCAUCAGGUCUCUGUGAAAAUUGACAAACAAGGUCAAAAGACCCUGAUAGCAAUUAUCCGCCAGUCAUCUCAACAACAAGACCAGGAAUCAGUUGUAGUUAAACCAGACGGCACCACUAUGAUUGACGGCCAGAAACUCGAUUGUUCUCAGAAGGCAUGUAAAUCAAAACUGGGUGGGGCUUCUGUCCGUAAGACACAGAGGGCUGAUGGAAAGACUCAGGUUGAGCUGUCGACAAAGGUAGGAGGUAUUCCUUACCAAAUAAUGCAGGUGAUUUGAGCCGACGUUUCAUACUUUCAGAAAUAACAGCAGUGAUCUUGCUUUUGUCUCUAUUUUAAAAAUUGAGCGAUUUUUUCACUCUUUUUUUGCCUUCAAGAUAAGUUUUGGUACAAAUAUUCAUAAUAACAUGUAACGAUUAUCAAUUAGUGAUAUAUAUCACUAUGAUAGUAACAGGGAUUUUAUUUUAUAUUCACAAGGUGCUUAUUCUUCUAAACGAGUAGGGGAACUAUUGUUCUUGAAUUUGAUUUAAUCUACAGAAAUAUGAUAUCGGGUAAACUUUAACAAUGUUCCCAUUGCUUGUGCCAUUUCAGAAGAAGAUUAUUUUAUAAGUGGGCGCGCUGAAACAGAUAGUCUUGGAAAGAAAGAAGAGCACAGUUUCCCUUAGCUUGAACAAAUUUUAAGCAAACGCCGAACGAAACCACACAACAAAUUUUGUUCGACCUUCUUCGUAAUUAAAACACUUUUCCUAUGUGAGUUACAUAAUAUUAUGCUGAUUGUAUCUCUGUGGUUUUGCAACUUCGCUUAGUUGAGUCUACACGCUACCAUGGAUCAAGAUCAGCAGAUUCGCCUGUACGCCUCGCCUUUUCUGCGCAGCCGUGUUCGUGGUUUGUGCGGUGACGCUGAUGGUGAACAAUGGAAUGAGUACAGAGACCCCAAAGACAAAGUGCAGCGGCUUGACCAGUUCAUCAAGUCCUGGCAAGAAAAGUGCUGAAGGUGAUGAUAGCUCAUCGCUUUUUUGUUUUUUUGCUUUUUUCAUUAAGCCGAUUUGAUAAAUGGAAACGUAAUUUAGAAAUGGUACAUCUGAUAGCUCAGUAACGAUUCCUCUGAAGCCCAGUCGCGACCGCAAAAUCGGACGGGGUGUGGUUGUCAAAGGAUGACGUAAAUUUCUCUUCGUUGAUUGCUUGUCACAAAUGUUCAACAUCUCUAUUUAGGCAUUUGUUUCUUUUCCACGAUGGAAACUCAGAAUCUGGGGAAACACUCUCAUUCUUCCUGCCUUGGUGUUUCUUUCUGUACUUUAGUUUUGUUCAAAAGUUCUUGGAAUAAUACACCCACUAUUGAUUUUAAGAGUAACACUGGCUCAGUAUGCAAAAAUAAACUCCAUUUCCGAGGAUAAGAACUGAUUUGCUCUUUAUUUCAAUAAUCCGUAAGCAUGGAUGAUACAUCGCAGCCUGAAAGCUAAUUAAAUAUGUAUAACCCACUCAACAAUCCUGAAAUUAUAGGUGUAUCUUGUGACGGUAAAAUACAGGCAACAUGCAUGUAUUGAUUUGAUAGAAUCACAACAACAACAAAAAAAAUAUCCAGCAGAUUCACCCACCCCACUCCCCCUUCUCUUAGUCAGGUAGUUCCAGCUUCCGAGGCGUUCAGGCCUUUUAUGACAAUACAUCAAGAAUCUAACUUUGAUUUAUCUGAUUUCCUCGCAGAGACACUGAAGAACCAAAACCUAAAGACUCAGACCAACCUGAACGGAAAACGGCUUCGCUUUUUUAAUAAUUUAAUUUCUUCAAUUUUUUUUUCGCUUAGUUGUAGUUUUAGAUUUUAAAUUUGUUUCAUCAGGACUACAAACAGAACGUUAGGAAAAAAGGUUCUUUCUUUUUCAUUAACUUCGUUUUUGGGAUUCUAUGUUUCGGUGAUGGG